AUGACUAAGAACUGGACCGAAGCACAGAGUUACUGCAGAGAGAAGUACACUGACCUGGUUACCAUUGACAACCCAGAGGAAAUGAACAGAUUGAUUAACAGGGUAAACCUCACUGGUUAUACUGGACCAGCAUGGAUAGGACUGAAGAAGGGAAAUUCGUGGAAAUGGCAGUGGUCCCUGGAAGAGAGACGUCUCUACAGUGAUGGACAGACUGGGUUUUGGAACUGGGACACCAGCGUAGGAGCACCUCACACUGCGGAUGGGAAUACCAACUGUGUGGGGAUGAGACACAAUGGGAAAUGGAAUGAUAUUGGCUGUGCCUCUAAAUCUCCCACAGGAUUCUUUGUUUGUUAUGAUGGGAGAAAACAAACCAAUCAGAGCUACGUCUUCAUUAAUCAAAGUAAUAAGACCUGGUCGGAGGCACAGAGAUACUGCAGAGAGAAUUAUACAGACCUGGUCAGUGUGAGGAACCAGACUGAGAAUGAUCUCAUACACAACAUGUUUAGAAGUGGAACCUUUGUGUGGAUCGGUCUGUACAAAGACAACUGGCAGUGGUCAGACCAGAGAAACUCCUCAUUCCGCUACUGGGCACCAGGAAAACCUGAUAAUUUUGAUGGGAAUGAGAAGUGUACUAUAGCCUCGAUCACACAGACACUCGAUGGAACGUGGGAUGAUCGACAGUGUGGUGAAAAUCACCCGUUCAUAUGUUAUGAUGAUCACCUGAUUUUGGUCCAGGAGAACAUGACCUGGAAUGAAGCCUUGAACUACUGCAGAGAAAACUACACAGACCUGGUGUCUGUCCACAGUAAUGAGACUCAGCAGUGGGUGGCGAGGAUGGCUGAAAAUGCCACCAGUGAUCAUGUGUGGUUGGGUCUGCGCUUCUCUUGUACUCUGAGCUUCUGGUUCUGGGUCAGUGCAGAACCUGUCUGCUAUGACAACUGGUUCCUAGGUAAUGGGACUGGAACUGGACACUGUGGGAACACUGGGGCUGUACAAUCUGGAGGAGAACAUCAGUGGGUCAGUCUGCCUGAGACUCAGAAACUCAACUUCAUCUGCUUCCAUUGUUAAGGGAAUCCGGUGUCUUUCUGCACCAAAUCUGCACCGUUCAUCUGAGGUCUUCUAAGA